CAGAGUACUACAGUACUGGAUGUGUAGUGCACUACGUGUACAAUGAGUGCGUAAUCGGGAUUAAGCCUGAAUCAUCACCCGGAAGUGUAAAGGAGAGAGAGCGAGCGAGCUGUGUGCUGUGCCGUGUGACUCGCUGUCACUGUGGUGCGGUACAUCAGGCAGGUCGAAGUGAGGCUGCGGCUCGGUUUCAUGGCAGUCAGACCUGAAGGAUAAUAACGCUUCUCAACAUGGGAGAGGAUGUCAUGGACUACAGCAUAGUGUUUCCGGAGCCCGAGGUCUCAGAGAAAUACUGGGACAGAUCGAAGCAGCCAGUGGUUAUCCUAUUAGGCUGGGCUGGCUGUCGGGACAAGUAUCUCUCAAAGUACAGCUCGAUGUAUAACGAACAGGGUUGUGUAACUGUGCGCUACACAGCUCCCUUGAAGACGGUGUUCAUCUCCGAAUCGUUCGGUUACAAGGAGCUCCACAACACGGCACAGAAACUGUUAGAAAUCCUGUAUGACUACGAGGUGGAGAACAACCCAAUCUUCUUCCACGUGUUCAGCAACGGUGGCUUCAUGCUCUACCGCUACAUGGUGGAGCUCCUGCAAAGCCACAAGCAGUUCAGCUCACUGUAUGUUGUAGGCUCGGUGAUGGACAGCACUCCAGGGAACCAGAACGUCCUGGGCGCCCUACGAGCUCUCAAAACCACGCUGGGUCCAAAGGUCAACGUCCUGCUGCGCUGGCUUCUCUUGGCUCUGUUCGCUGUUUCUGUGGUCCUCCUCAGAGUCGUCUUAUACCCCGUGACCAAACACUUCCACAAGAACCACUACGACGCCAUGAUGGAUCGUCCAGCACCUUGGCCUCAGAUGUACCUCUACUCCAGAGCAGACCAAGUGAUCAGGUAUAGAGACGUAGAGAAGAUGGUUCAGUCGCUGCAGGAGAAAGGGGUGUGCGCCGAGAGCUACGACUUUAUCACACCGCCUCAUGUGAGUCUGUUCCGAGACUGUCCUGAAGAUUAUUCUAACAGGUGUCGGACAUUCCUGAAGAGCUGCAUGAGUAAUUCUGAGGAGAUGUUGAUGAAGAAAAGUCUGUGAAUUUCUAACACUUGAUUGGUGGACAGGGUUGGGUAGUAUGGCAAAUAAAUUAUAUUAUGGUACUAAAACUUCAAGAUAUUGUCAUGAUACAUAAUAUCUGUCAUGGUACUUUAGCACCAACAGACUGCUUAUUUUUUUUGAAUGGAUUUCAAUUCUAGAAAGAAAUUUUAAUUAAAAAAAAAUAAAUGUAAUACUCAUUUACAAAAUAAAUAAUAGCAUCAUGUUAGCUACUGAUGGUAAAAGAAAAAAAGUGCAUCAAACUAAUUUGUACCUUUCCUGUAAUUUAUGAAUAUUAAUGUCACCAAAUUGCCUAAACCUGCCAUAUCGAAUUAAACAUUUUAAUUGAUAAACUACUGUAAAGUGUAUAAACCCCUUAUUUGUUUAAACACCACUUAUUAACCUUAUAAAAGUUGAUAUAAGGUUUUACUGCUUGAAGUAUUGCAUUUGGUAUUUGUCUGUUAAUGUAAAUUAAAAGCUUUUAAUUUAAGAUUAUUUUAAAUCUGCCAAACAUUCUUGUUUCUAACUUAUGUGCCUUCC